AUGGAAAUUGUAACAGAAAAAGAUUUAAAGAAUAUUGAAGAACAAUUAAAGAGUGUUGUUAGAGAUCAAGAUCGUUUUAGAUUAAUUAAAGCAAAUGCUAACUCUUUUAUUUCUCAAGUGAACAAAUAA